GCCGGACGGGCGCUCUGCCAGCCGCGUAAACACCGCCGGGGCGCCGCGGCCGAGCAGGGAUUUCAGAUUGCCGUCAGGCUUCCAUUCCGGCUUGGAAGCAGAGAGGUGUGCCUCCCAGCUGCUCUGUUCUCCAGGAGCCAGGCGCUUCCCGAGGCAGGGCCAUGCUCACAUUCAUGGCCUCUGACAGUGAGGAAGAAGUGUGUGACGAGAGGACAUCCCUGAUGUCGGCUGAGAGCCCCCCGCCACGCUGCUGCCAGGAGGCCAGGCAGGGCCUGGAGGAUGGAGAAAAUGCUGCCCAGUGGAUGCCCUGGCCUCCUGGCACCCGUGCGUCUGGACCCCAGCCCGCAGGCUGGUCCUUCCGUCUGGAAAGCACCACUCAGACCGCCCAUGUCCACUUCCACGACACCCGUGCACGGCGUCGCAGAGCCCACCGUGGGCGCAGCCUGUGGCCCUCACCGUGCGGUUUUCCACAGAGAAGCCAGGACAGCGAGGAGGACUUUGAGGAUGAUGCUGACCACUACGUCUGCGGCGGGGUACCUGGGCAGCCGUCGGGCCUGGAGGAGGAGCUGACCCUCAAGUAUGGGGCGAAGCACGUGAUCAUGCUCUUUGUGCCAGUCACCCUGUGCAUGAUUGUGGUGGUGGCCACCAUCAAGUCCGUGCGCUUCUACACAGAGAAGAACGGACAGCUGCCCUAUGGAGCAGGCAGGGAGCAGAGCCUGCAGCCCGCCAUCUCCCUCAGCAUCUACACACCAUUCACCGAGGACACGCCCUCUGUGGGCCAGCGCCUCCUCAACUCUGUGCUCAACACCCUCAUCAUGAUCAGCGUCAUUGUGGCCAUGACCAUCUUCUUGGUCGUGCUCUACAAGUACCGCUGCUACAAGUUUAUCCAUGGCUGGUUGAUCAUGUCAUCCUUGAUGCUCCUGUUCCUUUUCACCUAUAUCUACCUCGGGGAAGUGCUUAAGACCUACAACGUGGCCAUGGACUACCCUACCCUGUUCCUGACCGUCUGGAACUUUGGGGCAGUGGGCAUGGUGUGCAUCCAUUGGAAAGGCCCCUUGGUGUUGCAGCAAGCCUACCUCAUCAUGAUCAGUGCCCUCAUGGCCUUGGUGUUCAUCAAGUACCUCCCCGAAUGGUCUGCCUGGGUCAUUCUGGGCGCCAUCUCUGUGUACGAUCUAGUGGCUGUGCUGUGCCCCAAAGGGCCUCUGAGGAUGCUGGUGGAGACCGCCCAGGAGAGAAACGAGCCCAUAUUUCCUGCCCUGAUAUACUCCUCCGCCAUGGUGUGGACGGUGGGCAUGGCCAAGCUGGACCCCUCCUCCCAGGGAGCCCUGCAGCUGCCCUACGACCCAGAGAUGGAAGAAGACUCGUAUGACAGUUUUGGGGAGCCCUCGUACCCGGAAGUCUUUGAGCCCCCCCUGCCUGGUUACCCAGGGGACGAACUGGAGGAAGAGGAGGAAAGGGGCGUGAAGCUCGGCCUAGGGGACUUCAUCUUCUACAGCGUGCUGGUGGGCAAGGCAGCGGCCACAGGCAGCGGGGACUGGAACACCACGCUGGCGUGCUUCGUGGCCAUCCUCAUUGGUUUGUGUCUGACCCUCCUGCUGCUUGCUGUGUUCAAGAAGGCGUUGCCUGCCCUCCCCAUUUCCAUCACAUUUGGGCUCAUCUUUUACUUCUCCACGGACAACUUGGUGCGUCCGUUCAUGGAUACCUUGGCCUCCCAUCAGCUCUACAUCUGACAUGAGGCCAGGCACUGGGCUGGCAGCCGUGGGAAGUUGUAAUGGGUGCCCUCGUGUCGUUUCACACUCUAGUGCCAUAUGUUUUUAAGACUUUCCUUUCCUUAAAAAAAAAAAAAAAAAAAAGUAUCGUGUUUACUUGACGAAGAGGAAGAACCAGCUUUUUGGUGCUAGUGGUUUUGUCACCUGACCACCGCUCACCGACUGGAAGCACCGGUGAUCUAUCCUUAGGAACCGAGGACAGCUGUGCCACGUGGGGAGGGUGUGAGAAGCUAUCUGGCCUCGUGCCACAGCCCGGGAUGCUCCGAGGGCCAAGGUGAAGGAGGGGACCAGGAGUUCGUGCUUGGGAUGGCACCUAGCACCUGCCUGCUCUGGUAGGAGAAGAAAGCCAGUUUGCCCUGCGUGGAACAUCCCCAACGCUUUGUCUAUGAUGUCAUCGUUAUUUUAUUACCUUUAGAAACCAAGUCCUGUUCAUGUCACAGCAGAUACUGCUGAGAAGUGGCUUAAUAUUAAUAUCAAUAAAUAGAUGAAUCCUCUUGGAA